AUGAUAGUAAAAGUGUUUGAUAAGAUAUUUAUAAGUAAUGUAUACGAUGCAAAUAAUAUAUAUAAAUUAAUAAGUCUUAAUAUUGGAGGUGUAUUAACAUGUUUUGAAUGUAAUGGAAUUGAAUGGUGUAGUUACCAUGAAAGAGAUAGAAAUAGUUUAUUGUUUUACAAAGAUAGACUGAUAAACUUUAAAGGAGAACUACCAAAAGAAACAGAUAAAAAUAAUGAUAAAUCAUUAAGUAGUUCCAAAACAGAGUCUCAAGAUGAAUCAGAACAUUGUGAUCAUAUAAUUUUUCCAAGAGAAAUAUUAAAUAAUAAGUUAGAAAAUAAUACAAUUAGGGAUUACAUAAAUUCAAUGGUAGAAAUUGAAAAUGAUGAUUUUGUUGACUCUUUCAAAAGUAGUGAGACAAACUUAAAAGGAUCAACUAAUUUAGAAACAAAUGAAAGCAAAAACAAAAUAAAGGAUGAAAAAGGGAUGGCAAAUGUACAAACAGUUUGUGAAAUAAAUAAAACAAUGAGAGAAAAUUUGACUUUUUCACAUGAUAAUAUAUAUAAAAUAAAACAUAUGUAUUUAAAUAUAUUAGAUACUUUUGAUGAAAAUAUAUUAAAUCAUGUUGAAAAAGCACAUGAAUUUAUAGAUAAAAUAAUUAAUGAAAAUAAAAAUAUUUUAAUUCAUUGUAUGGCUGGAAUAUCUAGAUGUUCCUCUAUAAUAUUAUCCUAUGUAUCCCGAAAAAAUCAAAAAGGAAUUAAUCACAAUUUUUCAAUACUUAAAAGUAGAUAUCCAUUUGCUCAUCCAAAUGAAAAUUUUUAUCGACAACUCUUAUUAUAUGAAAAAAUGAACUAUAACCUUGAUGGAUCUAAUGAAUAUCACAACAUAUAUAAAAAAAUUAAAUUAAGUAAUAAAUUCCUUGAAGAUUUAAAAUUUUGUAAUUUGAAUAAUAAAAAAACUCCUACCUGUAAAUACAGUUGCAAAUUUUGCAGACGCACCUUAUUUAAUGAUAGUGAAAUAAUUGAGCAUGACAUAACGAAGAACCAAAUCAAGAAGAAGUACGGGAAUUUCUGUACAAGCAUUUUUAUAGAAAAGAAGGAAUGGAUAAUGACUGACAACAAAAUGAAAGGCAUUGUAUAUUGCCCUAACCCUAGUUGCAAUACCAAGCUUGGUAAAUGGUCGUGGACUGGAAUUUGCUGUUCCUGUGGGUACUUGCAAAUCCCCGCAUUUAUGUUUAAUGACUCUAAUCUUGAUCGCAUGAAAAUUAACAUAAAUAACAUAAAUUAA